AUGUCAUCUCCAAUGGGCGAGCUCGGUGCGUUCAAGGCUCCCGCGGUAGCACAGAGUCAAUCGAAGCCCGGUCUAGAGAGUAGACUAGCAAUCCCGAGCGAGUCGAGCAAAUUGGAAGGUCCAGGAGGCUUUGUGGAGUAUGUGGGCUCAGGGAAACUCAAAGGCAAGAAGGUCCUCAUCACUGGAGGGGACUCUGGAAUCGGUCGCUCUGUUGCCAUUCUAAUGGCAAGAGAAGGAGCUGAUAUCAGCAUUGUCUUUCUCCUGCCAGAGCAAGUGGAUGCGGAGACCACCAAAAACUUGGUGGAGAAGGAGGGUGUUCGGUGCCUUCUUAUCUGCGGAGAUUUAAGAGACCUGGAAGUUUGCCGUGAGACCGUGGAGAAGCAUGUAGCAGAAUUCGGCAAAGUCAACAUACUCGUCAAUAAUGCGUCGAAACAAUACAUGCGCAAGGACUUUUCCGAAAUUGAUCUUGAAGAAACACAGGAUAUAUUUAAGACCAACAUCAUCCAGAUGAUUGCAAUGGCGAAGUUCGCUCUCCCUCACAUGUGUCGGGGCGACUCUAUCAUCAACACUUCGUCUGUCGUGACUUUCCGAGGAUCAGGUACAAUGAUCGACUAUGCUGCAACGAAAGGCGCCAUCAUCGGCUUCACUAGAUCGCUAGGGGCGCAUUUAAUCCCGAAAGGCAUUCGAGUCAAUGCCGUGGCACCGGGUGCCAUAUACACGCCUAUCCAAGUUGACACCCGGAAGGCGAAAGAAAUGGAGAAUUGGGGCUCACAGACACCUCUAGGUCGACCCGGUGAGCCGAGUGAGGUUGCAACCAGCUUCAUAUUCUUGGCGAGUGCGGAUGCUGCCCUCUAUUACGGGCAGGUUCUGCAUUGUUAUCCAAUCGGAGACUAG